AUGAUUGGGCUUAAUGCAUGGGACUGGGGUGCCAAAACCGGAUUCUUCUGGGCUGGUGCCUGCUUCAUCCUUUGCACUUGGACUUAUUUCCGCCUCCCAGAGGCCAAAGGUCGUACGUACGGUGAACUUGAUGUCCUCUUUGAGCACAAGGUCAGCGCCAGAAAGUUCCACAAGACCAAGGUCGAUCAAUUUGCCGGCGAGCAUACCGAGAUCGUCCAGGAGACUUCUGACAGUGAUGUUGAGAAGACAUUACAUGAGCACAGAGGAUAA